AACUCUCGAAGCCGGAUUCGUCGUCGGGAUUGUUUGUGGCCGGUUUCUGUUGUCGUUUGCCGCUCGCCUUUUUCGGGGUCUGUGUCGUGUCGUGGUGUUGUGAUGUUGGACGAACGCUUUUAGUUUUUUUUUGGUUUCGUUUGUUACGAGAUCUCGAUUUAGAACCGAUUACAGUUUACUGAACACACUAUCGGUGGCACACGUGUUGUCGCUUGUUGUCUUUCGGUGUGUUUUUUCUUUAAAAAAAUUCUCACAGUUACGAACACGAACAUUUUUUAUGCUUCUUCGCUUCGUCGCCCCGGUCAAUUCGAUUCGGUUGAUGAGUUUAAACGGAUUGCGAUAUUUUCACGUGUUUCUGUGAGGAGGCAAAACCCAAACAAGUUGCCACCGGAUUGUGUAAUUUAUGGACGGCGUUCUCUCCUAGCUCUCGCAGCAUUGACAGCGACUGUAAUUGUUGUUAUAUUUUCCCCCCAAGGAAAAGGCACGUUCUCUGCCUUCAGCCAGAUCAUCAUCGACUGCACUUUUGGCUGUUGGCCGUGUGUAAUAAUUCUACUACGAAGACGCCUCCAUGUGAAGUGACCUGGGUCAAGUGGAAAGUGGAUAAGGAUCAGUUGCUCCCGGGCAGCCUCGAAGCAGAGGGUGGACGUCGUCGUUUUAUUUUCUCUACUUGUCCCCAAAACAAACCCAAAACACGGAGAAGCAUCAGAAGUCCCCAGUGCCGAUGUAUGACCCACCUAAAUGGAAAGUCAGAAAUAAAACAAACCAUCCAAUGAUGUGCAAAACAAACUGUUUUUGAAAAACGUGUUCUCAAAUCUAUUGAUAAAACAAUUUUCAAAUCCUUAAUCUCGAAUUUCAAGUCAUUUCAUUUGAAGUCUUCGUCAGAGUUCUGAUUCCGUUAGAGGUUUGCCGUAAAGGGAUCACGCAAACAAAAAUGAGUACAAGAUAUUGUAUGAACAAAGCCGAAGCAGAUUCGAUAGGAUGUGUGGAGGUUCUGGCCACGGUCUGCUCGACCAUUUUCAUGUUCCUGACGCUGCCGAUUUCGAUCUUCCUCUGCUUCAAGGUCGUCCAGGAGUACGAGCGGGCUGUCAUCUUCCGCCUCGGUCGACUUCGAUCCGGAGGUGCCCGCGGUCCCGGUGUUUUCUUCGUGCUUCCCUGCAUCGACAACUACUGCAAAGUGGAUCUGCGUACGGUUUCGUUUGACGUUCCGCCCCAGGAAGUGCUAACCCGGGACUCGGUAACGGUUUCGGUAGAUGCUGUCGUCUAUUACCGUAUUCGUGAUCCGUUGAACGCCGUGGUCCAGGUGGCGAACUACAGCCAUUCGACGAGGCUGCUGGCGGCUACCACCCUGAGAAAUGUCCUUGGAACUCGGAACCUGUCGGAACUGCUCACCGAACGUGAGGCCAUCUCGCACUCGAUGCAGGUCACCCUGGACGAAGCUACCGAUCCGUGGGGAGUUCAGGUGGAGAGAGUUGAAAUUAAGGACGUGUCGCUGCCCGAUUCGCUGCAACGUUCGAUGGCUGCCGAAGCCGAAGCUGCUCGUGAGGCCCGCGCCAAGGUCAUCGCAGCCGAGGGAGAAAUGAAAUCAUCCCGAGCCCUGAAGGAAGCCUCCGACAUCAUGUGUGAGAGUCCGGCCGCCCUGCAGCUCCGUUAUCUGCAAACUCUCAGUAGCAUAGCCGGUGAGAAGAACUCCACCAUUGUGUUCCCACUGCCGAUCGAACUAAUCGGCCCGCUGAUGAACAUGUCCUCGAGUCUGAUAGCCAGAGCUCCGACUCCGUCCAAUCCGAGUUCACAACACAUCGAGUAGCAUUGUAAACCUCCACUAGAGUGGAAGCUUUACCCCUUCAGUUCCCUCUAGGUGGACAACGUCAGCCCAUCCCUUAGAAGAGAAAAAAAACAACCCGAUUACACCAAUAGAGUUACCAGUACAGCGGUGAUUAGCAAAUGAAAGAACGACCAAAGCAAGCGAUGAACACAGAAACAAAACUUCACACCAAUCUACAAACCAAACACAAAUACAAAAAAAAAAACAUUUAAAUUUUAACAAACGCAGCAGGCCUUGCCCAAAAGGAAC